AUGUCUAGAAUUUUGAGUGAUUCUUUAUUAGAAUAAGCAAAUCAAAAGAGUAAUUUAUCAAUUAGAUAAGCAAAUCAUGAUUAAGAAGCAUAAGAGAUGUUUUCGUUAUUAAAUAAGUAAUUAUGAUUGUUAUAAAAGAUUACAUAUUAUAUAAGGUGAAUAUGAAAGAGAUAUGGCUAAAAUUUAAGCAGAAAUUAAUUAAUUAGAUAGAGGAGGAAUGAAAUUCUUAACUCCUGAAUAAGUAUAAAAGAAAUAUUAUUUACAAAAUUUAAUGUCUUAAAGAUAAGCAACUCAUGGAAAAGAAUAACAAUUUUUAAAGAAUCUAUAAAAUUAUAGAGAAUAAUAUAUAUUGAAUGAAAAAUUAAUGAAUACAAAGGGUAUAUCAAAUUAAGAAAUGUAUAAAAAGAGAGAAGAAAUUAUGAAGAUGAAAUUAUAAUAUGAGUAACUGUAGACAGAAAAAGCAAAAAUAUAUAGAGAAUAAUAAAAUCCAAAUACAUUAUCUAGUGUUGGACUUUCAGUAUUAAUGGAUGUUAGUAAAAACUAAAAUUUUGAUGCUGCUAAAUAAAAAUUAAAUAAGGAUGAAGCAAGAUUAUAAUUUUUAAAAGCUAGAUAAGCAGAUGAUAUUUUACAUCGAGAUUUAGAUGAAGUUAUGAGUAUUUGAAUGUUUUCAUUUUAGAUAGUGGUCCAGGGGAUAAUACAUCAAAUGAAGUUAGAUAUUUAUUGAAAUAAAGUAUUGGAAAAACUUAGAGAGAAUAAUUAGAACAUUUAUCAAAAAUAAGAUAAUAAUUAGAAGAAUAUAAUAGAGGUAAUACAAGAUUAGUAUUACCAUUUGAAUAAAUUAAUGAUAAUAAAAAAAUAGUAAAUGAUUAAGAUAGUUAUUUAAAUGAGAUAGAUUAAUUGAGAAAAGAUUAUGUUAAAGCUGGAGGAGUAGAUCCUAAUUUUUUAUUAAAUCUAACCUAAUUAGAAAGAAGUAUAAAUAGAAAAGCAAAUGGUUCUCAAUAUGAUGUUUCUACAUAACCUUAAUAUAUACAUAUCCCAUAAAAUCAAAGGAAUACAGUAUAUUAAUAACCAAUGGCCCCUAAUAUAUCUUAUUCAUAACCUAAUCUACAUCGUCCAUAAUAAGGUUUUCAUUAAUAAGAUAGUUUAAUUAAUACAAAUUCCUUAUCAACUCAUCCAAUCUAUUAAUAUUUACCAUAAUCAUUUAGGGAAGAAUUAAAUAAAUUAUAAUUAUAAACUCAACCUAUGAAAUUGGAAGAAAAAAAGAAAAUUGAUCCUAAUAAUGCAGAUGAUAUGACUUUAGAGUAUUUAAGAAAUUAAGAAGCUGAACUAUUAUUGAUGAUGAAUAGAUUAGAUCCAAGAUCUGUUGAUCAUUAAAGAUUAAUGGAUAAUUAUAAAGAAUUAUAAAAGUUAAGAAAUUUAAUAGAAAAGGCUAUCUUUGAUAAAAGAGUUUCUGAAGCAAUUAAUAAAGACAAAGAGUAUAGAAAAAAACUAAUUAAAUAAUAAGUUAAUUUAUUUGAUAGAUCAAAUAGAGCAGUACAUUAUGCAGCAAGUGAAGGAUUUGUACUAUUUUUUGAUUAUGCAUCUAUGGUUGAAAUUCAAUUCCAUACUUUAAGAAUAAAUUAUGGAAUAUUUAGAAAAGGUUCAGAUAUGUAUCCAUAUAAAUAAACUAAAGAUUCACUUACUGCUUUUGAAACUUAUAGAACAAAUAAAGCAGUAUUCUUUGAUAGAGAUGUAAUUAGAGAUUUAGAAGCUUAUCCAGAUACAUAUGUAUUUGUUGAAUUAUGGGGAUAUUAAUCAAAUAUACCAGAAGUAAUUGGAUGGUCAAUGAUCAGAUUAUUUUAAGAUGAAGGUAAAUUACUAAUAGGAAGAUUUAGAAUUCCAUUUUACAGUUAAAAAUUAAAUCCAAAUUUCUUAUUUACUUAAGCAUUACCAUAUGUUAAUAAUACUUUAGUUUAUGGUAGAAUUUGUCUUCCUGGAGAUCCAAUUUUAGAUUCCAAUGAUAUCAUAGUAAUAGAAAGUGAAUAUGAUAUGCCUGAUAUGCAUAUACAUACAACAGCACAUGCAGCAUCUCUUGCUGAAAUUUAAGAUGUCUAUUUAAAUGAAGCUAAAAGAUUUGAGAAAAAGAAAGAUAUUCCACCUGUUGAUUUAGGUUUAUCAAAUUAAACUUUUAAAUAAAAUAUCUCAUAAUUAUCCUAUACUAAUUAAUCGGCUGAUAGUCCUGUUACAAAAAGUGGAGGAGCAACUUCAAAAAUGAAAAAUAGAUUCUCAAAUAGAGGAUCUAAAAAUUAAUCUAAAAAUACAACUCCAACUCCUGGAUCAUAAACAAAUAGAUAAAAAAGUUAAUUUGGAGAUGCUAAAUUAACAUUUAGAUUAGUUAAAUUAGCUAAAUUACCUACUAAUGAAUACAAAACUGCUCCUAUUAAAUUAAAAUUAGGUGUAUUUAAUGGUUCGAAAAUUUUAGAAGAUUUUGAAUAAUAACCUUAGAUGGCUGUUUUAUAAUUAGAACCUAUAAAAACAAAUGGUGAAAAAGAAAUUGAAUUUAAAACAAAACAUGAAUUUACAUUAUCACUUGAUUGGUUAUACAAUUAUAGAGGAGAUGAUGUUAUGUUAUUUAUGGGUUUAUUUAUUAAUUAAAAGGAUUUAUUUGGUUGGUUAGCUACUCCAUUAUUUUAUCUUGAUAAUGCAUAAAAUGAUUAUAAAAUGAAAUUAGGAGCUUAUUAAUGUAAUUUAUUAGCUCCACCAGGUUAAUCACCUCCUUUUAAUCCAGAAACAAUGAAAAAAUAAGAAAUUGAAGUAGAUUUUAUUAUUAUGACAACUGAAUAAAAAGCUAAUUAAUUACCAUUAUAUGAUACAUAUGUUAGUUUAAGUAAUUAAUCUAAAUUAGAUUAAUCAAAAAUGUCAAAUCUUAAUAAAUCUAGUAGAUCAUAAGGACCAAUUCCAAGUAUUUUUAAUAAAUCUCAAGAUAAAUCAGGUGAUUAAAGUUAUGCUUAAAAAGUAGUCAUAUUACUUGAAAUGCUUAAUGGAGUAAUUAGAGAUGAUGAAUAUAUAGUAGAUGUAGCUAUAUGUUGCAAAGAUAAAAUAGUAUAUGAUGUGAAUGAUGAACCAUGUAAAUAUAAAAUAGAUUAAACAUUUGAAAGUUAAAAAGGAGCAAUAUUAUUUGAAGAUGAAAAAAUUGAAUUUGAAAUUGAUUUUAAUAGUGAAAAGAAUUAAGGAAUUACUAAAUAAGCUUGUUAAUUAUUAUUGUAUUUCUCUACUAAAAAAGAUAAAGUCACAUGGUUUGUACAUGAUUUAAUUAAGUAUGGUAGAUAUUCUUUACCUACUUUAAAUCUACCAUUUUAAAAACCUCCUAUUGAUAAAACAAAACUCUAAAAUCAUGCUCUUAUGACAUUAGCAUUUGAUUUGAAGCCAAUAUAAUGA